AUGGCUCAGAGAAACAUUAUUUGUUCAGUGCAUUACAAUGGUGUUAUCAGUAACGAUCUAACCAACGGUUUUUCGUUUAGUAAUACCGAAACAAAACGUUUCAAAGUGCAUUGUAGAGCCGAUUUUAUGCAUUUGAAGGAACGGAUCGAAACAAAAUUGCAACUUCCUGUAAGUGAAAUUAUUUAUCGACUUCCGUUGUUUAAUGGAGAAAGCGGUAUCAUUUUUUACGUCAUGAAACCAAUAGAGGACGACGAUGGCCUUAAAGUGAUGUUCGAAUGUCACAAUUCGUUUGCUCCUCUUGACGAUAUGGAGCUAUAUGUUCAUAUUGUUAGUCCUCCCAUUAACCAAUCGCAAGAGUCUCAUUCGCAUCAAUACGGUUUGAGCCAACCCACUGAUGAAGAGCCAACCCAAAACAACGAACCAUUUAUACCCGACGAACAGGUGGACGAGUACAGUGAGGAUGAAAUACAAGAAGUGCAAUAUGAAGAUCUUUUUGGUGAUGACAAUGAACCUGAUGAUGUUGAGCCGUCGCAGCCUACACUUGCACGACCGAUUAGCAUGUACGCCCCACCGGAUCACAUGCGAAAUAUUUGUUUAGAAGAGGCACCGUCUGAAUCAAUUUUUGGUUCCCACAACCCAAACUAUAGUGAUGUUGAUUUAUAUGAGGGAAUGGAGUUUGAAGACAAGGAGGAGUGCGUUGCUGCUAUUCAACAUUGGCAUAUCACCAAUAAUCUUGAUUAUUGGGUAUACAAAUCUGACACGAAAAGAUAUGUCAUCAAAUGCAAAAAUCCAACUUGCAAAUUCAAAUGUAGAGCAUCCGUUCGCAAGAAGAAUUUUAAGUGGAUGAUAGGUAAGUUGAGUGGACCACAUGUCUGCACAACCACUUCAAUGUCGCAAGAUCAUAGACAACUUACAUCAGAUAUUGUCUCUCACUGCAUCAGAGAUUUGGUUAACACCGACCCCUCAAUUAAGGUAAAGCUCAUAAUUUCUCAUAUAACAGGAAAGUAUGGUUAUAAUAUAUCUUACAGGAAAGCGUGGAUUGCAAAGGUAAAGGCCAUAGAAUCCUUGUAUGGAAACUGGGAGACAUCUUACAAUGACCUUCCACAAUGGUUAUUGGUAAUGAAAACAUAUCUGCCUGGAAUGAUAAUAGACUUGGAAACUUUACCUGCAUUUUCAAACGAAGGAAGUCAGUUGGGUGAUAAGAUGAUAUUCCAUCGUCUAUUUUGGGCUUUUCAACCUUGCAUCCAUGGUUUUGCCUAUUGCAAGCCAAUUGUUCAAGUCGACGGAACAUGGUUGUAUGGAAGGUACAAAGGGACAUUGUUGAUGGCUGUGGCGCAGGAUGGGAAUGGUAACAUUUUUCCAAUUGCUUUCGCUAUUGUCGAGGGUGAAACCAAGGAUGCUUGGAGUUUUUUCCUUCGUAAUCUAAGAAUCCAUGUGACACCCCAACCCAAUCUAUGCCUAAUAUCAGACAGACAUCCAUCGAUUAAAGGUGCCUACGAUGAUCCUGCAAAUGGAUGGCAAAAUCCUCCGUCAUCACAUGUCUAUUGCAUAAGGCAUAUCGCGCAAAAUUUUAUGCGUGCGAUUAGAGACAAAGAACUACGUAAAAAACUCGUCAACAUGGGAUAUGCAUUGACGGAGUCAACGUACAAUUACUAUAGAACCGAAAUUCGUCAGACAAAUAGAGAUGCUAUGGAGUGGAUUGAAAAUAUCCCCAGGGAGAAGUGGGCAAGGGCGUUUGAUAGAGGGCAAUGA